AUGGCGCGGCACGUCAGUCUCUUAUUGCUGUCCAGUCUCCUCGUCUCCCACACGGCAUAUGGACGUGUGUGGAACGACACCGGCGUCGGGAGUAUCAUAUUCGAGGAGGCAUGGACGGUACCUGAGCUCAUACACCAGGCUGAACUGUCCCGCCAGUUGAUGGUCCUGUCGUGCGCGUCCCCCUGCAUCCAAGGUAUCCAAGACGCGGCGAACGCCUCGGCGAUGGCCACGUCCGUGAACGACCAGCUCGCCAGCCAGAUCUCGAACAACACCGUCCGCUUCGGCGCGUUCGCCGCGCUCGCGAUGCACGACCCCGCCGCGGCCGCGCAGGAGCUCAACCGCACCGUGACCGAGCUCGGCUUCCUCGGGGCGCUGCUCAACGACUACCAGCAGGCGGGCACGCCCGACAACGGCAUGUUGCUCGUGCUGACGCGCUUGGGUUCGGGGACAGAGACCUUCAUCUUCUACGACCAGCCCGAGUUCGACGUGUUCUGGCAGAUGGCCGUGGACCUCGACGUGCCCGUGUACCUGCACCCACGCACGAACCCGGACCCGGUGGAGACGCUGCUCUACGCGCACGCGCCGUUCCUGAUCGGCGCGACGCAGGAGUUCGCGGUCACGCUGUCGACGCACAUCCUCGGGCUCUGCACGAACGGCGUGUUCGACCGCUUCCCGAACCUGACCGUCAUCGUGGGCCACCUCGGCGAGCGCAUCCCGUCCGACCUCUUCCGCAUCAACGACCAGCUGACGCGCCAAGUGGCCGUGGGCAUGCCGAUGCAGAAGAACGUGACGUUCUACUUCCAGCACAACAUCCUCGAGACGACGUCGGGCAACUUCGCGCCGGACCUCGUCCGGUUCCACGCGCAGCAGAUCGGGCUCGACCGCAUCCUGUACUCGGUCGACUACCCGUACGUCGCGAUGGAGCAGGGCGCGGCGUUCCUCGCCAACGACGUGCCGGCGUUCUUGAACGACACGGAGGCCCUCGCGCUCAUGCGCGGGCGCGCGAUCGAGGUGCUGAAACUGAACGACUGAGCGGGGGUUGGGAUGGGAUGGGGCGGUCUGGUAAUAGUCCGUGGGCGAGAAGGUGGCGAGGACGGUACGCACCGAGGGAUGGGGUCCGCCUCGGGGACGACACAGUACGGGCGGUAGGGUUUGUGUGUUACCUGGGGUACACAUCAGUGCGGUAGCCUGGCCAUUCGGCUUGCAGGUUGCAGCUUUCAACAGCAGGUUUGGCGCUGAUACGAGAAUCAACAACAUAUUAUGGAUCAGCUGUCCUCAAUUUGGAGGGCCCUCAGGGUGUCGGGCGCGUUGUCCUAGUGUCAGGGUAGAGCUGCUACGCUGAUGCUAAGGUUCAAUACGGCAGUGAUUCCCAGGCGAUUCCAUAGCGAUUCGAGGCAGCGGUUCGGUGUCGCUCUCGCACCCGCCGUGCCGGACAGCGCCGCUGAACUUUGCUCGCUGAGCGCGAUCAACGCUGCCCGGACGUGAAGAUUCGAGCCGAGCUGCCCGAGAAGCGAACGAGCCCGUCGAAGCGACCCACCGAUGAAGGCGGGACUGUUCCUUAUCGUAAUAAAACAUCCCCUUCUGACCAUCCAUACAAAACCUGCACCUACUUGAUUCGUGUGAGGAGAGAAAUCUCCCUUUUGUCCCCUGUAAAUCUGUCUUCAAGUCCGCCACUCGAAUGCCAUGUGCCGAAAGCAAGGUCGUCCACAAAGUCUCUUAAAGACCCGUGUGAUGUCAGCGCGGGAUCGCUGGCCCGAAUCGCUGGCGGCAUCGCCUCGGAAUCGCUACUGUGUUUUCUCCUACUUGCCAUAGGGCUCCAAUUAGAGUGCAUGACGAGUUUGCUGUGGACUUGGGUAGCAGAGAGUAAGAGACAGGGUAAGCAGGAAGCAGAUCACAGUAUGAAAUGUAGACGGGGUACUGACGAUCCUCCGCCACAGCGAAGGCUGCAAACGCCCUUUCCAACAGGAGCUUCCGAGGACCGCACCAAACUCAUAACAUCACGCCCGAAUUUACGACACUCAGGAGCUGGACCGAGCAGCGUGCUCCAUGACGUGAACUCAGGCGUGACGACCGUAGUACGACAGCCCAAGACGGAGACUGGAGCCGAGCAUCCAACGUCAAACCCGCUACCGAACGCACGACGAGCGUGUGUCGGACAUGUAC